AUGUCGGCGAAAUGGCCCGGGUACACACUGACGGGUGGUAACCCUAUGUAUCCGGUGCUGCGCGUGUGGAACACGAGCAACGUGGUGUCGCUGAACGUGAACUACCACCUGGCGGUGACGGAGAGCAGCCCCGAGUGCACCACUGUGCCCGAGCUGGGCAAGGCCGUCACCUGCCCCGCCAUCUCCAUCCAUCGGUCCUACGGCGUGCAGAUCGGCAAGGACGUGCGCCACGGAGCAUGGGAAUGCUGCUGGACUCACUCACGGAGUAGUUUCUCUCCCACACGCCUUCAAGCUCGCUCGUGCCUCCACGCUCCUUCCUACGCCAUCUACCUCUCUCCCUUGCAGGGCAACAUAUUUGGCCGAGUGGAUGUGCUUCGGAGCAUGAGCGUGCGCCUGGACUCACUCACGGUCACCGGAGUGGCGUCCUUCAACAGGUCGCCUGGAGUGAUCCGAGUGGCCCUCAGUGGGUAUGGCCCAGGACUGCUCAAAUCCAACAUUGUGAUUUCCAACAAUGAGGUGUACGCCGAGGAGGUUCAACAAGAACCAGUGAGGUAUAUGGUGUGGGGGAGUGAGCUCUCUCUCAACAGCAUAUGCUGCUCCUUCCUUGCCCAUUAUCCCCACUCCCCUCUCCAACCCUAUUUAUCCUUACUCCCCCUUUUGCCAUCUUACCUUCACUCUCCCAUUUGCCUUUUUAUACUCACUACCCCCUCAUCCCCACUCUCCCCAUUGCCCCCUUAUCCCCACUCUCCCCAUUGCCCCCUUAUCCCCACUCUCCCCAUUGCCCUCUUAUCCCCACUCGCCCCGUUUGCCUCUUAUCCCCACUCUCCCCAUUGCCCUCUUAUCCUCACUCUCCCCCUUGCCCCCUCAUCCCCACUGCCCCCCCGUCUUCCCGCCCUCCUGUCCCGACAUUGGGUGAACACUCCAAUCCUCUUGCACAAGGGAGCAGUUGGAGUAACGGUCACGAACAACUACGUGCACGACUACAUCUUCGCUGGGAUCAAGUGUGGCGCCGACGUGCAUUACAGCUUUGCCUGCAUGCUCGCGCGCAUCAACUCCAACCUUGUCGUUUCCUCCGGGCGGAACCUCAACGGCGAUCAUGACUCGGCUGGCAUCUACUUCUACACGCACUGGUUCAGCCCGGGCAACUCGGCGCUGUGCAACUACGUGUUCAACGGCGACCACUGCUACUAUCUGGACCAUUGCACGUCGGGCGUGCUUGUCAGGGGAGGCGCGUGCGUGAAUACGUAUGACGGCAUGAAAGUGAAUAAUGGCAAGAGGAACGUGAUAGAGAGCGUGGCGAUGAAGGGCACGCAGGGAUCGCUGGGAUGGACGUCGUGCUUCACAGUGACCGUCAACAACUGCCUCAAAGACCCCGGCAACUACUGGGAGGCCAUGCGCGUGAAAUACUACAACAGCGCCCGCAUCAACCGCGUGAGUGGGAGCAAAGCUGGUGGUUAG